AAACAGGCAAUCCUUCAUUCUAUGCUAAAACUACUAAAAGAACAGAAGUCAACUUCUAGACUGCGAAUGUGGAGACUGCGAAUGUGCACGAAGAAAAAAAUAGUUAAUAUUUGAUAGAAACCAACUGUUUCAAAUAACCAAGGUAGCUAUAGCAUAUACACGUUUGUGCUGACCGCGGACAAAAGGUCAAUCCGCCCUGACUGACCAAUGAAAAUGGACUCGUCUGGUCAGUUCGCAAUGGCCGUUCAUGAUGUUAGGAAAACCCUUGAUAAUAUGCUUAAACUGGUCAGUUGAAAAUAAACUGGACGUUAGUAAACAGACGGAAGUGUUGAGCCUGAAAUUAGCAAGUUCUUAAAAGAAACAUGAUGACGUCACUGGACUUAAAACAAAAAGAUUUAGUUCGAUUAGGCGUCUGUUAUUGAACAUGUGGAGAUAUUUAAGGUAAAAGCUUUAGCGGUGAUACUAUUUACAUGUAAAGAACAUUCAGUUGGACAUUAAUGGCGGACAAGUAUACGCAUAAAUUACUAGUAUUAAAGACUUUAAGGACAUUAUAAUAAAACGCUACUUGAUGAAAUAUCAUAAAAAAGGUUUUGAAAUCUAAUUUAAAAUAUGUUUUAAAUGAUUUCUGCUUUUUCUGGAAGCAGUUAUUUGUGCAUUAAAUAUGUACGGUGAACAAAAUGUACAAAAUAUUACCCCUUUGAUACCCAUGGCGUCCUUGGGAGUCGCCCCGUACGGUCACCCGCUGACUUCGUACUCUCCCAUAAGUUCGCUGACGCAGCCAACGAUCUUGUCAACGCAAAGUGGAUUUUUGUCAGCGUCGGGAACAACCGGAAGUGCUUUUACAUCGCCGGUGAUAAACAAUUACAGGAGCCCGGAUAGUGACAAUAGCAAUGCAAGUGUGAGUCCACAUAGAGAUUUGAGUGAAACUUCUUCAAAUUCCUCGUCGGAUUCAACGCCAUCAUCUAAGGGACUGGAAGCUAACGCAGCUAAAGAAAGAAAGCGAAAAGGCGUGCCAUAUAUACCUAGUUACAUGGACCUUACAAAUGGUCCGGAACCCUGUGUAGUUUGCGGUGAUGCUGCAACCGGGUACCAUUAUCGUUGUAUGACGUGCGAAGGAUGCAAGGGUUUCUUUCGCCGAACUAUACAGAAAAACUUACAAUAUCAUUGCAAAUGGAGUAAAACUUGUGUUAUAGACAAAACUACCCGAAAUCAGUGUCAAGAAUGUAGAUUUAUCAAAUGCUUAAACGUUGGCAUGGCAACGGAUCUUGUUUUGAAUGAGAAACAAAGAACAGCAAAACGUAAGUUAAUAGAAGAAAACAGGGAAAGAAGAAAAGACGAACAGACGAAAGUAAAAGUUAAGGAAACUUACCCGGACCAAGAUGUCCUUUCUGAUACAGAUAGGGGACUUAUUUGUGAAGUGGUCACAGCGUAUGAAUAUACUGCUGGGAAAAAUCAAAAUUCUAGCAAGGGAGACUAUGAAGGUGUCAGCAAAGAGAUUCAAACUCAGGAUCCAGAGUCCUGGCACCAGCUUGCCGAAGCAAUGACUCCUUCUAUAGUCAAAGUUGUUGAAUUUGCAAAAGGUGUUCCCGGUUUCACAGAGCUCAACGUUGAAGACCAGAUUCUUCUGCUAAAAUCAUGUUGCAUGGAAAUAAUGUGUCUGCGAGCAGCUUGCAGAUUUGAUCCGGAUGCAGAAACGCUUACAUUACAUAAUGGGGUGAAGCUUCACAAGUCCCAGAUCCAUCAGGGUGGCGUGGCGGUCCUGAUCGAGCCAAUUUUUGAUUUUGCAAUGGGAUUGUCAAAGCUAAAGCUGGACAAAGCAGAAAUAGCAUUACUGGCAGCUAUUCUAUUAAUGCAGUCGGAUCGCUCUGGGCUACAUGAACCAGAAAACGUGGAGCGUCUUCAAGAUGCUAUACUUGGUACUUUCAAACGUUACAUAACGGAAAACAGACCUCAUCAGCCGGUGCAUUGGGCUAAAAUUCUAAUGAAAGUUACAGAUUUAAGAACUAUUUCUACUCGUCAUGCAGAAAGAGUGUUAUGUAUAAGAUUGGAUAACUCCGGUGAAAUCCCGCCUCUCUUACUGGAAGUGUUCAACGAGGGGCACUCCUGACCAAAAGUCAUCAUUUAGGAAUUUGUCGUUUGGCUUUUACAAAUAACUGAAAAGGCAGGAUCGCUUUUAAAAGAACAUCUAUCUUUCUGAGAGGAUUAAUGAUUAUUAUGUGGAAUAAUAAUAUAAACUUACUUUUUUGUUGUCCGGUGUUCUAUUUCGUGGUGAUUUAAGCAAUUGUCCAUGGAAAACAGAUGGCCAUUAUUGUGUAUACACGUUCUUUCAUUAGAAAUAUUGGAAACAAACAAGGUUAACAGUGUGUCAUUGUAUGGUUAAGAACCAAAAGUGGACGCGAAUGUUUUCAAGAUGUAUGAUGACUUUGAAUUAGAUAAAAAUGCUUUAUAAAAGCAGAGCUUGUUUGAAUUGACGUUUUGAAAUUAUAGGGACACAAUAUAUUUACUUGAGAUCCAUUGUAGAAGUGUGCUUUUUUUACCUGUUAGAGUUCCUUUGAAGUGUAUAGAACAUGUUUGAAGCCUACAUGCUGAUCUAUAUAAACAAUUAGUAUUAAUUCAGUUACAUUGUAAAAGGAAACAUUCAUUAUUUUAAAUAUGACCAAAGAAAUAAGAAGGGGAAUGGUAUUCUUCCUUGUUGAACACCUAAAGCUAUAUUUAAUGUAAGACAAUCAUAGAUGAAGAUCAGGGACACAUUCAUCAAAAUGACUACAAAUCUUCAGAGAACAAACCUGAAAUAAUAUAUUAACAAAAAUUAUUUUCUCCAUUUUGAGUUUGAAUGACAUUAAGCUUUCAGAACAUGUCAAAUUAUUACAGAAUGUUUGGCAAGGUGUAAAGGUUUGAGGAGCUUGCAUUUCAUAAUAGAAAUACCCUUAACAAUCGACCGUUUUACACAAAAGUUGGGUACAUAAAUAAUCAUAAAAACUUUAAUAAUUACAUUAUAAAGCUAUGUUAGGUAAGGAGCACCUAUUAUGCUAAAAUAAAUAUUUGCCCAACAUUUGAAAUAGGUGUUACAAUUAAUGUAGGUAUAUUGAGGUAAACAGGUUAUAACAACUAUAUAACAUCUUACCUGUUUUGCUAAGUCAUGAUAAGCUAUGAUAUUUUAAACAUACUAAAAAUAUUUAAGAUAUACAUUUGUUACAAGAAAAAAAGCUGACUUGGGCUGCUAUUAAAAUUGUUUAAAAGUCCAAAUCCAUGUAUACAUAUAAGUAAACAAAUCAGGAUGAUUCCUAAAUACUUACACGAGCUCUUACUUCAUCACUUUUUAACAAAGUUGCUAAAUAAAGGAUUUUCAGUACUUAUUAAACAUCAAACUUUCACCAUUGCGAUAUAGUGUUAAUUAAUUUUGAGUAAUUUAAAUCGAAAUUUUCUGAGAAUUAAGUGUUGUUGUAAUUGGUGACCUCUUAAACUAUUCAGGUUCAGGCAUUAGCGUGAGGUUCAGGUUUUUUUAUACCCUUGAAAACAUUCUUUAUCUUUAUGAAACCAAUUUAAAUAUUCUUAAAAUCAGGGUUUUCAUGUGUUCCAACACUUUGAACAUGCAUCCGUGUUAAAAUGAAUUUAGACAUCAAUAUAGUGAAAAUUGUAGUUAUAAAUAAACUUCAAAGAAGCAAAUACAGAAGUUUAAACAAUUAUGCCUUUGAAAUUAACUGUUUUAAAAAAGCUAUUAUUAAAAAAAUAAUGAAUAAUGCAUAAUACGAAAACAGAUAAGCAAGGACAUAAGGGUUUUGUAUUUAUGCUCAUAAAUAUUCAGGUUGGGUCAGUAAUUAAUCAAAAUUCCGUAAAUAAUUUUUUUGUUGUUGUUGUUUUCUACAUAUAGAAAGCAUUGUGUAAUAAAAAAAAUCAAACGACUGAAAAAGGUUCUACAUGUUUUACAUUAUUAUUAUAUAUAGUGUUAGUAAAUGUAAUAUAUUUUGAAUAUUAUGUACAUAUAGUGUUAUAUUAGAGACAAGUUUGGAUGUAUUAUAGAUUGUAGUUUUUCUGAUAAUGUAUUUUAAUAUGUUUUUAGUCAAUUAAUGACAUGAGCUUGUUAAACAAAUGUAAUGAAAAAUGUAAUAUAAUAUUUGUUGGAACAGUCACUUAUAAGCGUAUUAUUAUUAUAUUAUGAAAUAAGGCUUGCUUUUAUUAAUGUUUUAACAAAUCGUAACAGAAAUCGUUGAUGUAAUUGCUUUUAUUCAGCAAUAAUUUACAAUGUAAAUAAUCAUUUAUCAUCACACAAAAUGUGUUGGUACUUAACAAAUAAAAUAACGUAUUCAAAUUGACAACCAAUCAAAAUUACUUAUUCAAAUUGUAAGCCAAUCAAAAUUACGUAUUGAACUUGUUAACCAAUCAAAAUUACGUAUUCUGAUUGUUAACCCUUUAUUUGCUGGAGCCGGAAGUGAUAACCAUUAUGACCUGGCCCUAUACCAUUGGUUUACCCACUUGAAAUUUUCAUCUCUAUAUACCUAAAAUUGAUCAUGGGCAAUUCCAAAAGUGGAAGGUGGGCAGUCAACUUAAGAAAUAGGUUAGGAGUCACUCCAACUUUCACAUACAAUGUAUAUGAAUAUUUGAUAUUAUAAUUUAUGCAUUUCAUUAUGUUUGUUUUAUGCUCAUUGUUUGAUUUACUAAAUGGAGAGCAAGAUAAUUGUUACUAUGGAAACUAUACAAAUUCUACCUCAAUAUGUAUUAUAUGGUUUUGUUAUUUCUAGAGUUUUAGUGAUGAAUGGGUGUUGUUGACGUGUUCUUUGUUAAAUCAUUUAUUUAAAUCUAUUUAUGAACUGAUUUUAAUUAUGUAUCAUACAUGAUUUGGCGUUAUUGUUUCUCAAACUAAAUA